CACGUGCGAGCAUCUGUGUGUGCGUUGUUUUGGUCGGCGACAGGGGUCGGUCGUGUAGUUUGGCAUACCCGCGCCACCGUCGCUUCCUAUUGCAGUGGGGGGGGCUGUCCAGCUGUCAUUUUAGCAAAGUUGCUGCUCCGUACCGCGCGCGCUACCAUUUGAUUCCCCCGGGGGGUGUCCGCUGCUCCGUCGAACCAAUUAUCCAGCAUUGUUAAAGACUGUGCGCGUGUAUGUGUGUGUGUGUUGAAUAACGUAAAGGAAACGGACAGCAAGAAGACAUUUUCUUCCCCCUGUUUCCCCUUCUCAUGUAACAACCCACAUUGGAUUCGGUUCAGGCUAGUGGUUACGUGGUGUUUGGGAGGUUAAAAUUUCACCUCUUCCGUCUGUGCGGCGCUUCGUAUUUUUUUAGUUUCCCUCAGCGGGGCACAAGUGUGUGUACGAACCAGCAGUGAGUGUACUAUUGGUCAUGAAAGUGUGCGCAAAGAAAUAUUCGAUUGCCGGGCGCGCGUAACACCACGCAAUUACUGAAAGAAAAUCACGCACACACACUGACAAACACAUCUUUCAACCUUUUCUCACUGUGUUGUGUGGUGUCGUCGGGGGUUACAUUCGUGCAUUCGCUGCGACAUCACCAUCCACCGGCGCUGAUCGUAUCUACCAACAAAGGGAGCGAGAGCGAGAAAGGGAGUGUGGUGUGGGAACAAUAGGCACACCAAAAAAAAGCAUCAUCAUCGCCGGUCGUGUCGAUAGCACACACGCGCACACCUUGACACACUCAACUGAGCAGCGCGAUGGCGACGGCCGUGCUUGCGAGACCCGCGCGGAGCCUUAUAAAUGUUGUACAGUGCGUGCGGCUGAUACGUACCCAGGCCACCGUCAUGUUCGCAAAGGAAAACUAUGAGUACGAUCUGGUGGUGAUCGGUGGCGGUUCGGGCGGUCUCGCCUGCGCCAAGCAGGCGGUCCAGCUCGGCGCGAAGGUGGCGGUGCUGGACUUUGUGAAGCCGUCGCCGCGCGGCACCAAGUGGGGCCUGGGCGGGACCUGCGUGAACGUGGGCUGCAUCCCGAAGAAGCUGAUGCACCAGGCGUCCCUGCUCGGCGAGGCGAUACACGACUCGCAGCCGUACGGCUGGCAGCUGCCCGACCCGGCCGCGAUCCGGCACGACUGGGCGACGCUGACCGAGUCGGUGCAGAACCACAUCAAGUCGGUCAACUGGGUGACGCGGGUCGACCUGCGCGACCAGAAGGUGGAGUACGUGAACGGGCUCGGCUACUUCAAGGACGACCACACGGUGGUGGCGGUGAUGAAGAACCAAACCGAGCGCGAGCUGCGCGCCAAGCACGUGGUGAUUGCGGUCGGCGGCCGGCCCCGCUACCCGGACAUCCCCGGCGCGGCCGAGUACGGCAUCACGAGCGACGACAUCUUCAGCCUGCCGCAGGCGCCCGGCCGCACGCUCCUGGUCGGCGCCGGCUACAUCGGGCUCGAGUGUGCCGGCUUCCUCAAGGGGCUCGGGUACGACGUGAGCGUGAUGGUGCGUUCGAUUCUGCUGCGCGGCUUCGACCAGCAGAUGGCCACCAUGGUGGGCGAUUCGAUGGUGGAGAAGGGCAUCCGAUUCCAUCACCGGUCGCGCCCGCUCGCGGUCGAGAAGCAGCCGGACGGCCGGCUGCUGGUGCGGUACGAGACGGUGGACGAGGCCGGCACCGCCAGCAACGGCGAGGACGUGUUCGACACGGUGCUGUUCGCGAUCGGGCGCCAGGCCGAGACGGGCACGCUUAAGCUGGCGAACGCGGGCGUCGUCACGGCCGAGGGCGGCAAGUCGGACAAGCUCGAGGUGGACGAGACGGACCACCGGACGAACGUGCCGCACAUCUACGCGGUCGGCGACGUGCUGUACCGGAAGCCGGAGCUGACGCCGGUCGCGAUCCACGCCGGGCGCAUUAUCGCCCGCCGCCUGUUCGGCGGCUCGGAGGAGCGCAUGGACUACGCGGACGUGGCGACCACCGUCUUCACGCCGCUCGAGUACGGGUGCGUCGGGCUGAGCGAGGAGGCGGCCGAGGCCGCCCACGGCAAGGACGGCAUCGAGGUGUACCACGCCUACUACAAGCCGACCGAGUUCUUCGUGCCGCAGCGCUCGGUGCGCUACUGCUACCUGAAGGCGGUGGCGCUGCGCGAGGGCAACCAGCGCGUGCUCGGGCUGCACUUCCUCGGGCCGGCGGCCGGCGAGGUCAUCCAGGGCUUUGCCGCCGCGCUCAAGUGCGGCCUGACCAUGCAGGUGCUGCGCAACACGGUCGGCAUCCAUCCGACGGUCGCGGAGGAGUUCACCCGGCUCGCCAUCACCAAGAGCUCGGGGCUGGACCCGACGCCGGCGACCUGCUGCAGCUAGGAAGGGAGCAGGUGCCCAAAAACACACACACCAACAUUCAUCACUUCUCUUUGCUUCGUCCUUUAGUUUGUCGCUUUUUUUUUGUUGUUUUCUUUCAAAAUCCAAUUUGGCGGGAAUGGUAUGGAGCAGUGGAAAGGUUUUAGCAUGUAGAAAGGAAGGUAUACGCACACACACGCGUCGCUGAGCAAAGGACAAAUAAUCCUUCUAAAACACAUUAAAAGAGGAACACAGAAAAAAUAAUAGAAAAUUUAAAAAAGACGACAGCUCGUUAGGGAGCCCCUUUUACUCUAACCCGUCCCGAUUUGGGUCCAAUCGCUGUGAGGAAAACGUUCCAUCUGUUUGUUUUUUUUGGCUUGCGCGAGUGUGCCCAAUGUAAUUGCGGUGUGCAGCAGCAAUGUGUGCAUGUGAUUUGUUGUGUGUGGACCAACGGGACGGACCCGAACAAAGCGAGAGCGGGGAUGGCACAAAAGGUAGAGCGAAGGAACAACAGAUUUUGGUUUAUAAAACCGGCGAAUUCGCCGCCGUGUGUGUGUGUGUGUGGUGAGGAAGUUUAGGAUAGUGUGCGCGCGCUACCCAGUAACAACAGGGAAAUUAGAAAUAGAAAAAAGAGGCAAGAUUUACAGAAGAAAUGCAAAGCAGCAGCACGUGUAAUCGCACAUCACUCACGCUGGCCACAUUUAUUCCCGCCCCAUUCGAGAACUACAGAUCCAUCCGGGGACGGUGAAGCUGCCGGUUCUGCGAUCUAUUCCCCAUUUGUACGGUUUCUAUUUCAUCAGUAUCAAUGCGUCAGAGAGAAGGGAAAAAAUCACACACACAAACUCAACAAUACAUGUGUAUCGAAAUUGCAAGUUGAAAACUUGUGAUGAACCCACGGAAAA